UUUCCCGCGAAACAGACGUAGUGCUUCGCGCCACGGAGUCCGGAGUGCGUGUGUAAACCGAUUUCUUUCCACGAUGGGAAUACACGGACUUGCCAAGCUGAUUGCUGAUCAUGCCCCUGCCGCCAUUAAAGAGCAAGAAAUCAAGAACUACUUUGGCAGAAAAAUAGCCAUUGAUGCCUCCAUGUGCAUCUACCAGUUCCUGAUCGCAGUGCGACAGGAUGGGAACGUUCUGCAGAACGAAGACGGAGAAACGACAAGCCACCUGAUGGGAAUGUUUUACCGCACAAUCCGCAUGCUGGAAAGUGGAAUCAAACCGGUGUACGUGUUCGAUGGGAAGCCCCCGCAGCUCAAAUCAGCAGAGCUGGAGAAGAGAGGCGAGAGGAGAGCAGAGGCUGAGAAGAUGCUCGUAGAAGCCCAAGAAAAAGGCGAACAGGAGAACAUCGACAAAUUCACCAAGCGUCUGGUCAAAGUCACCAAGCAGCACAACGACGAGUGCAAGAAGCUGCUGACUCUGAUGGGAGUGCCGUACAUCGAGGCGCCCUGCGAGGCCGAGGCCAGCUGCGCCGCCCUGGUCAAAGCGGGGAAGGUGUUCGCCACGGCGACGGAGGACAUGGACGGCCUGACCUUCGGGACCAACGUGCUGCUCAGACACCUCACAGCCAGCGAAGCCAAGAAACUUCCAAUUCAAGAGUUCCACUUCAGUCGCCUCCUGCAGGACAUCGGCCUCUCUAACGAACAGUUCAUCGACCUCUGCAUCCUGCUGGGCUGCGACUACUGCGGCACCAUCAAGGGCAUCGGCCCCAAGAGGGCCAUCGACCUGAUCAAGCAGCACGGCACCAUCGAGGAGAUCCUGGAGAACAUCGACUCCAAGAAGCACCCGCCCCCCGAGGACUGGCUGUACAAAGAGGCCCGCCGCCUCUUCCUGGAGCCGGAGGUGGUGGACUGCGGGUCGGUGGAGCUGAAGUGGCAGGAGCCGGACGAGGAGGGCCUGAUCCAGUUCAUGUGCGCCGAGAAGCAGUUCAGCGAGGACAGGAUCCGCAACGGCUGUAAGAAGAUCGCGAAGAGCAGACAGGGCAGCACGCAGGGACGGCUGGACUCGUUCUUCACCGUCACUGGAUCCCUGUCCUCCAAACGGAAGGAACCGGAGGCUAAAGGCUCAGCCAAGAAAAAGCAGAAAACUGGAGCCACGCUGGGCAAAUUUAAGAAAGGCAAAUGAGACGAACAGUUACUGUAUUGAUUUACACUCAGUAAAUAAAGAGAAAUACUUCAGUGAAGCAGUUCAGUGUAGCGAUGAGACCAGAUGAAUUCCCUUUGUCAGUGUUUUCAUGUGUUUGAAAUAAAGAUGUUUUUUUUCUUUUUUUUGAA